AAACAGAAGGCCAAGGCGGCCGCUCGAAAAACUGUCCCAACGACGCCAACGAGGCCAAAGGCGAAGGUCCAGGCAAGGUCUGAGCAUGAGACUCCUUCGAGAAAGACGCCAUUGGCAACACCCAUGAAGUCGCCGGUGAAAACACCUAGGAGCCGGCAGAAGCCACGGUCGCAAACCAUCGAGUUUGCGCUGCUUGGAAAAUUCAACGAAGGCGACGAAGCUGCCGAAACUCCGAUAGUUGACGUGAGUGUCGGCAACGAAGAGCAACAAGCAGAGGCGAAGAAGAAGGGCGGCGGCUUUGAGAAACUUGUCAAGCUUGACUCGGCCAACAAGUUUGAGGUGCUGAAGACCUUCAUGCUCACAGAAGGGCCCGAUGAGGGCUGUCAGGUGAUUCUCAUCCGUCCAGCAAAGCCGUUCGAUUUUCUGGGCCUGCCAAAAAAUCCCCGUGCCAUCAUCUUCGAGUACUACUUUGCCAAUCAAGGCAUAGUUGGCAGCGCAAUCAGCCUCGACGGAAAGCGCAAAGGUCUCGUGAACGACAUCUAUGCCAAGACGUAUUCAUCUGAGUUCAAGAGUCGCGUCGGACUUCUCAGUGUCAACAAGGAGAUCUACAGCGAAGCCGUUUCAGUAUUCUACUCUCGGCCCAUCCGCUUCGAAUCCACCUCAGCAGUCAUGGAUUUCAUGGCCCAAAUCGAAACCUCCAUCCGCCUGCGCCUCGUCAACAUACACAUAAAAACCUACCAAAAGUCCUCGGCGCGCAACGCCCUCAGUCUCCUGGCCGAAUGCAAGAAUCUGGUCCGUCUCCACUUCGAAACCGGAGUCUUCUCCGAAGGCGAUCCCAAGAAGUGCGCCAAAUCGCUGUAUACCGAUGCACACAAGUUCUUGCAGACGAUCGGCGUGGCCAAAGGCCGCAAAGACGCGGGAGUGGAUGUGUUGAGCUUCGACAAGGGUGCUCUCACUUUCAAGGACAAAGAUGGCAAGUCCAUCAAGCCUUGGUCGGAACAGAUGGUGCAGGAGAUGAAGGAGAGUUUGAAAGACAAGUUGAAGUGAGCUCAACCUUACUCUCUUUUGCUACCUCUCUUGCCCAUCUCCUGUUCCAUACAAAAGCAAAGCGUUGAUUCGGUUUCUGGUGGACGUUUCUAG